AUGGCCAACGACUCCACCCUCUACAACUAUGACCCGUCAGGAGUUGCGGCUAUCAUCUUCGUCGUUCUCUUCGGAUUAACUACUCUCGUACACAUUUUCCAAAUGAUCCGGAGUCGAUCAUGGUUCUUCAUUCCUUUCAUUAUUGGAGGAACCUUUGAAGCUGUCGGCUAUCUGACUAAAAUCUUUGUCUGCGGCGACGUGAUCUCUUUCCUCGCCCAAUGUGCUGGUGGUGGCUUCCUCUCUUCCGCAAAGAGCCAGUCUAAGAUUACUCUCGGACAAAACAUCAUUAUUGUCGGUCUUUUCAUCCAAAUUGCCUUCUUCGGAUUCUUCAUCGUGACUGCUAGUAUGUUCCAUUACCGGCUCUCGAAAUGCAAUGAUUGCGCUCCCAAGUCUGCUAUCGCGGUGCCCUGGAUGAAGUGCUUGUACGUCCUAUACACGGCUAGUCUGUUCAUCAUGAUUCGGUCUAUUUUCCGUGCCAUUGAGUACAUUACCGGUACAAAUGGUCCGCUUAUGUCGACGGAGGUGUAUCUGUAUGUCUUUGAUGCUGCUCUGAUGUUCUUGACUAUGAUCACCUUCAACAUAUUCUCUCCAAAGUCAUUAGUGACUCCCCGGUCGGCUAUACGUGAUAUCGAGACUCCGGGGAGUGGCAAGGACCUUCUCGAAAUGAGAAGUAAUGCUAAAAGAACGAACAUGAGGUUAAAAAAACAUUGGAGCCUUGGAAGCGAAACGGGGAGUACCAUAGGAUAUUUUUAG